GAUUUCUCUCUCCCCCACCACACUCCUCACGUCGUUCGCCGACGUCAACUAAAGCUCCCGAGACGACCAGGCCUCGCCCUGGUCCUGCGGCGCACUUGCCUCGCCUCGUCCCGCGUCGAGGCUAAUCGCUUAUCCUUUUGCCUGUUUCCCCGUCCGGCCCUGCUCCGGCGCCCCAGCCUGGAGCAUGAAUGGCGCCCCUCCCGCCGCGGGGGGCGGUGAUGCCGGCCGCCCCGGCCACGAAGCCAACAACACCACCUCCUCCGACUCGGCCGCCUCUGCCGCCACCGCGGCCCAUGCGCGCUCUCGCAAAUUCAUCAUACAGAGCACCUUUGGCAACCCCAGGGAGCGAAGGAGCCGCAAGAACCGCCCCUGCGAUGCCUGUCGCAGACGCAAGACAGCUUGUGUCAUCACCUUGGAGCCGCCCUGUACGCAUUCCCGAGCCUUGCUCGCACUUCCCCCCCCUCCCCGCUUCCCCUGCUUGUGCGUAUACCGGGCUCCUGGCCGUGACAUGCAUCACAUGCACGUGUCUUGGGUCCUUCAUGAUGGGGCCGUUGGUUGUGCGUCCCGCCCGCUGCAGACCACAUCGGCCAACAACUGUCGGCGAGCUCGGGCCUUCAUGCUGAGGUUGUCCACGGUCAGCCAACGCAGGGGGUCCAAAGCUUAAUCUGAAUUUCGAGACCCUUUCCAUGUAAUGCUGCGCCCGUCCGAGAGCCGCGAUGUUAACCAGCGACCCCUUGUCCAGGUGUGUUCUGCGAUAGUAGGGGCAUCCCAUGUGAAUCGACAACUGUGGCAGGCUUCGGGGACGGCCCUCCCCAACCGCCCCAGGAAAGAGGUGCUACCAAUGCACCUGCACAGCCUCCGCAGAGGAAGCCUCUUGAAGGUUCGGCGGCAGCGCACAAGCUACCCUUGCCAGGCGUUCGCAGGGAAUCCAAUGACCUCCUCACCCCCAGUACUGGGCACGAAAGCCCGGCAGGCUCUGCCUCUUCGCCGUACGGGAUGAGCAUGGUGAUAGACCAGCCCGCUCAUACACCAUCGUACCGGGAUCCUUCUGCUUUAAUCCACCAGAACCUGGUUUACCACUCAAGCCCGUCGACAGUGAACUCAGAUCCCCACCGUGCUGCUGAAACGGCGUCAGUUGUCUCCGUCACUUCACCUGAGGCAGCACAGCAGACACAUACUCUGGAAGACAUCCCCGGCCGUUGUGCCUACUUUAUGGGACCCACGUCGGAACAGGAUGGCUUCCUGCUGGACGCAUUUCGUUACGGCAUCCUCGGCGAAAAGUACAACCUGGACGCCAAUAUCGCCCAAGUCCAUCCGGGGAGCGCUUUGCGCGAUGAUCAACCUGUGCACUUUCUUUUCCUAGAGAUUGAGCAUCCGGACCACGUCAAUCGAGCAAGACAGGAUGCCUCGGACUCCAUCGAGGCUAAAGUUUGGCCUUACGGUGAGAACUUAAUCCGGCUAUACUUUCGACAUGUCCACCCUAUCUUCCCCAUUGUAUCCAAGGUGCGUUUCUUGCGCAGAUAUCAAGCCGACAAGAAGAGCAUCCCCGCCUGCUUGCGAGGUGCUAUCUACGCACUGGCAUCAGUUUUUUGGAGCUACGAUGGUGCCCUGCGGGGGACGCCCGCCUCCUUUCAGCAGUAUGAGCUCGUCGAUUAUGCUCAUCAGGCUUUGAGACGAGAGAUUGAGAACCCCAAUCUCUUCGUCCUUCAAGCGUGCCUCUUGCUCAUCCACGUCACACCCCCGACCAUUGACAGCAUGGAGGCUCCAACAACCUGGACGUUUGCCGCCCAGGCAACGGCCUGCGCUCAGAUGAUUGGCCUUCACCUCGAACCGAGUCAAUGGAACAUCAACGCGACGGAGAAGCAUCUGCGCCGGAAGCUCUGGUGGGCCACAUUUUACUCUGAUUGCUGGUCUUCCAUCUGCUUCGGCAACCCCCCUCACAUUGCCUGCACAUCGUACAACACGGCACCGCUCACCAUGGAGGACGUGAGAUGUGACGAAGACGUCCCUGAAGACCUCCAGUACCUCGUCGAGCAGCCGGACGCGAGCUUCGAGGUUUCCGCUGGCGCCCGAUUCAUGCAAAUGAUUCACAUUGCUCGGCUGCUUCGUACAGUGCUUGACAGCAGUUUCCAAGUGAACACGAGUGCGAGGACGAUCAACGAUACAUUGGACGCGCAGAGCGAACUCAUCACGGUGCAGGCGAAAUUACGUGAUUGGACAAGCCUCAUACCAUCCUGCCUUGUCGUGCAAAAGGAUGAGAGGGUGCGAUCCCACGUCACGUCCUACAACUGCCCUCUUCAUCUGUCUUUUUAUGCUGCUCAAGUUUUGCUUUAUCGUGCCUUGAUGCAUCCUCCAACGAGGCAAGCCAAGACGACACCCGGCUCGAAUCUUCGCAGAUGGUUCCCCGAAGCGCUUCUUGCUUUUGAAGCGUUUGUGGAAUUUCUGUCAUGCGUUAACAAGGCCGACUUGUUUGGAUUUUGGGGUCGUCAUGCUCGGUCUCAGCUUAUUCUAUGCGGGAACUUCCUUGUGUUCCUCUUUAUGCUGGCAUCGGAACGCCGUGACAUAGAGCGCGCAUACCGUCUACUGGAGAGCUUUCACGGGACAAUGCAUGCUCUGUGGGACGUGGACCACGUACAAAUCAACACACUGCUUCGGGCAGCGACAAUCCGAAUAGAUUCAUUUUUCGCGCAAGCGGCAGAGAUAAUGCGCAGCGGAGGCGAUGGGAACAUAUCGGCCGCGCAGCCAAAUCAUUAGGCAGAUACCAGGAAUGGUUCAUGGCAGUCGUCGGUGGAGAUUGUUGUAACGAUCCUCACGUUGGCCAGGACCUGCGAUUUAGUCACUUAGGGAUAACUUUGUGUGGGUAAAAAGCAUCUGUUAGGAUGGCACUCCAAUACGGAGCAAAGCGUUCCUGUCUCCAACAGUUGGGACAGGAAGAAGGGGUGUUGACAAGUGAGUGAUUUGUUGACUAGACUAGAUGCAUACUACGAGGUGGCACUUUAUGAGCCUAUGAAUAUAUGUCGGGAACGGCCGCACGAGGUUGACAACAUCCGCUCACUCAUGGGCCUGGCGGCGCAAGACGCCCACGUCUCCUCGCUAGCAGUGAGGCCGACCGCGGGGAGGUUGACGUGCGGGAGCCUGACGAUGUUUGGGUCGACAGUGUUAUAUGUGCGGCAGUGGCGAUGCGGCGGCGCCUCUGAAGCGGCGGUAGCUCACGACAGCGCACCGCCGGACUACCUCUCGGCGGCGGACCUGUGCCGCAAGCGUUGUCUAGGAGCACGGUGGCGGGAAUACAUGUACCGACUCGUCUUCGUUGUGAUGCUUUAAAGAACAGCCUCGUAUCGACGACCACGGUCUAUCUGAUCCUGGCAACCUGGACGAUGGGGACCAGCGCUUG